CUCCGCAGCGCACUCACGUCUCGCCGAAGCUGACGCGCGCGAAAACAUUCACGAUACAAUGAAAACAUUGUUGUGAGUCCGUGCAAUCAUCCAGAAUGAAGUGUUUUGUUGCGUUAUUUAUAACUGUGACCCUCGCUUUCGAAAUCACAGCCGAGGCGUCGGUGAGGACAUGUGAACCGAUAAAAGUGGCUAUGUGCAAGAACAUUGGAUACAACCAAACGGGAAUGCCCAACUUGGCUCGGCACUCUCUUCAGGCUGAUGCUGAUGUGACUCUCCAAACGUUCAGUCCCCUAGUGCAGUAUGGGUGCUCGUCUCAGUUGCAUUUGUUUUUAUGUUCGGUUUACGUUCCAAUGUGUACUGAUAAGGUGGCUUUACCGAUAGGGCCGUGUAGAGGUUUGUGCGAGAGUGUUUACGGCAGAUGUUAUCCCGUCCUCCGAGGUUUCGGGUUUCCCUGGCCUGCGGAAUUGGAUUGCUCCCUGUUCCCAGCUGAGAAUAAUCAUGAGCACAUGUGUAUGGAAGGUCCAGGGGAGCGUGCGCCGCCUUUAGGGACGAUACCUUUGGAUGCAACGAAUACAAUUGGCAGAGGUGCUUGUCGACGUUUAAUAAAACCGAAUAGCUGGAUUCGGGUUCGGGCAUCUGGUCGCUGCGCUCAGUUUUGUGACGCUGAAGUGUUAUGGGAGUCAGGGGAGCGUCGAGCGGCGGAAGUAUGGCUGGCUACAUGGGCAGCACUCAGCUUCGCGUGUACUCUAGCAGCUGUGGCUGCACAGCUAGCGUGUGGAGACCGCGGUGGAGCUGGGGAACGAGCCCUGGUUCUUGUAGCCCUCUGCCGAUGUGCAGCUGCCGCGGGGUGGGGUGUGAGAGCCGCAGCAGGCAGAACAGCAGCCGGUUGUGCUAAGGACUCCACAUCUCCAACCAGGAUGCUGUUAGCACAUGAUGGAUUAGCUAAUCCUAACUGUGCUGUCGUCUUUUUGCUGCUGUAUUAUUUCGGACUGGCUGCUUCAGUUUGGUGGGUGGUGGUAACGGGCGCGUGGCGUGCGAGUGUGUUACGUCCACCAUCCAGCAAUGGUGGCGUGAGGAACGAUCAACACUCUUCGCUGUUGCAAUUAGCUGCUUGGGGCGUCCCUGCGGCGCUGGCUGCAGCAGUACUGGUCACUAGGGAUGUCGAUGCUGACGAGCUUACUGGAACAUGCUUCGUGGGUAAUCAAUCCAGCAAAUCAUUGCUAGCGUUGGUGAUUGUUCCCGAAGCAAUAUGCUUGCUACUGGGCAGCGUUUUCCUCGCUUCCGGCCUACGUGCGGUGCAUCGAAAACCUAUGCCUCUACCAGCUCCAGCAACGCUUCUGAAUUCUGCACCCCCAGCGCAUCCCGAUCAGAGUUUACUGAGGCUCGGAGCAUUUGCGGCGUUAUAUGCUGUGCCAUCCGCGUGUAUACUUGCGACAUGGAUUUAUGAAUAUAUCCUUAGAGAAGACUGGUUGGCUGCACCCGUUCCUUCAACAGAACCUUCAACCCAACCGCGGCCUGCGUUUUGGGUGUUCCUGUUCAGAAUAUUCGCGUCACAAAUACUUGGUGUCAUGGUCGCUGUGUGGCUAGCCACUCCACGGUUAAAAGCAUUAUGGAGGAGGAUAAGUGGACCCAGGAAACCAGCGUUAGCGAAAUGCCCGUCAGGUCCCACACCUACGCCUUUAACAUUACAUUGCUACGCCUCCCAUCCGCACACGUUGACAAGACAUCCACAAAAAUAUGCUACUUACCGACCGCCCCAGCAACAGUCCUAUAGGAAACCGAGACAUUACCAUUAUUCUGCUGGCGAAACAAUACUAUGACCUAGUAAUAAUAAGGUGGUUCCUAAUAUGAGACUGUUUAUACAACACAUAUGCGUGCUUUUUAUAAUUCCAGUGCAAGUCUGACGUCAUCAGAACAUACCUAUUUAUAAGAAUGCAAAAGUGCAGAUGAUAUAAUAUGAGUGCCAUUAAUUAACUAUGAAGAAUUUGUUUGAGUAAAAUAUUUAAAUUCUUCUUUAAUUAUCUUUUAACCCGUAUUUUUAAUCGGACAUCCGGCUAAGGUUUUUCGAAUAACGGUCAACCUAUAUAUCUAUACUUAACACUGAAUUGAGGACCUGUUCCUUGAUGACGGUUUAAUAAUACAGGGCGUAGAAAGCUAAAACCGAUAACCUGGUGUUAUCCAAACUAUGCAGGGUGAAAUACAUUUCAAACUUAAUUAGUCAUAAUUGAUCUUACCUUAUGUAUAUUUUCAUAUUUUCUUAUAGUAAUAGCUACAUAUCAUAAUUUACAGUUACAAAAAGAAGAUCUCGUAAUCGACGAUAAAGAACUUGCAGCAACUUUGUUAACAUACAGCAAAUAAAAGUUAGAGCUCCUAUAGACAGAGUUUUAAAUCAAUAGUGAAAAGACUCGAUAUUUUUUUUAAUUGUGGCAUGUAUUUCGCCCUAAAGUGCAUAUAACCUCGCAAACUAAUAAUUUUAAUACACACAAAUAUUUAUUUAAAUGUAUAUAAUUGUAGAUUAUGCACAAACUUAAGUUUCUCCAAAAAUAUGUCAUAGAUAAAAAGUUGUCUCGCUGUAUCUAUGACUUGCAUGCAUUUAACGUUCCCGCGCAAAAGAAAAUAAAUAACGAUAACAUCGACCUCUAUCAAUAAUACGGAGAUUAUUACCUACUUUUGUCACUUUUUUCUUUUCAUCUCAAAUUACUUCACGCCAUUUUGGCGCUGUAGGUUGUGAAGCUGUAAUACGAGUGUCCAAGGAACUAAACUUAAACAUUGCAAUAUUGUGACUCUUCAAAUGGGUACAAGAUUUCAGAUGUCAUGUCAUGUUACUAGUGCAGUGCAAGUAUGGGUGACUAAACUGUGGGAUAUUGCUGUACCUACCUAACUAUUGCGAAACAAGACUUUUAGAGCUGGAUUACUACCUAUUUAUGUUUUAAUAAAACUGAGGCGAAUCCCGUGCCAAAUGUGGGAAGCGAUUUCGCAAAUUCGCUGCCUCUUUCAGGAUUUCAAGUUGAUGCAACUUUGUGUGCUAUUUUUGGUAUGUCAAUUUGUGCGGUCAAUGGGAGGAAAUCUCUUAAAUUUAAAAACGACUUUUUUUCUAUUUUUAGUAGCGUAAGAUUCAAAGUUGUUGUAUGUAAUGUACCUACCUACUUAAUUUACUAAUUGCGUAAGAACGUAUAUAGUAACUUCUUAAUAAGUCUUAACGCACUGAUUACAUAAAUUAGAUAAUAUAAAUUUUAUAAUAAUGUUAGGAUGUUAAUAUUUAAAAACGAUGAUACUGUAAGUUUGUUUUGUACAUAGAUA